UCCCCCCACCCCCCCGCGCCCGGGGUCUUCGCCCCUCGGGGUUCCGAGGCCCCGACCCUUCAGGCCCGACUCGCCGCGGGGCACGAAGGGGGCAAGGACGCCGCGUCCUCGGGCGGCGACGGGCGUCUCCCGGGCGACGGGCUCCACACAAGAUGGCGGACGAGAAAGAAAAGGAAGGCACAGAGAUAGUAGUAGCAGACUUGCAAAGAAAAAUCAAAGAGGCUUUUGAAGUGUUUGACCAUGAGCUGAAUAAUACAGUGGAUGUGAGAGAGAUCGGAACCAUCAUCAGGUCGCUGGGAUGCUGCCCUAACGAAGGAGAGCUGCAUGAUCUGAUUGCAGAGGUAGAGGAAGAAGAACCCACUGGAUACAUUCGAUUUGAAAAAUUUCUUCCAGUGAUGACCAAUAUACUACUGGAAAGAAGAUACAGACCAAUUCCAGAGGAAGUCCUUCUUCGAGCUUUUGAGGUAUUAGAUCCAACUAAACGUGGAUUUCUUUCUAAGGAAGAACUGAUCAAGUAUAUGACUGAAGAAGGUGAGCCCUUUUCUCAGGAGGAAAUGGAAGAAAUGCUGUCUGCUGCAAUUGGUCCAGAAUCGAAUUUCAUUCAUUACAGGGACUACAUAACAAUGAUGGUGAUAGAUGAAAAUUAAACACUCCAAAGGCUUA